UAGUAAAGCAUUUUUUUUUUCAGAAAACAUUGCUUUUCAAGCCCACCAUAUAAUUCCCACUCAUUGUAUUUGUUGCUUAAAGCUUGCCCUCCUCCCUUAUCUUCUAGAGUCUAGAGGGAGACCCAACCGAGCUCUCAAACGAAUAUGAAAGCUGUUGCAGGCUAACGGUAGAGCGACUACUCUAAUCCCAUCUCACUGCUGAGUGCUGACUUGAUGUUGAUGAGAGAGAGAGAGAGAGUAAGAGAGACCCACAACCAGAAGAGAUUAAAUUAAGUGGGAAUCAUCCCUUCUACAGGUCACAGAAUCACAGGUGAUUAUUAAUUCAUUGUAUGUAUUCUUCUUCUUCUUCUUCCUCUUCUUGUUAUUAUUAUUAGCAGGAGUAGUUCAUCUGUAUGUAAUCGAUCAAAUGGAAGGAGAAAAUGAGAUCCGUAGGCCGAACUUUCCACUGCAAUUACUAGAGAAGAAGGAGGACGAGGAUAUCUGUUCAAGCUCAGGCUACCCAUCUCUAGCUAUAUCCGCCGAGACAAGCAUGAUCCGAUCCAAUUCCAGUCUACAAACGGUCGACCCAGCAGCGAAGAAACCCCCUCCAAAGAGGACUUCGACCAAAGAUCGACACACCAAGGUUGAUGGAAGGGGACGACGCAUCCGUAUGCCUGCUACAUGUGCGGCUAGGGUGUUCCAGCUCACCAGAGAACUGGGCCACAAGUCCGACGGCGAAACUAUCGAGUGGUUGCUACAGCAGGCGGAGCCGGCGGUGAUUGCCGCCACGGGUACGGGCACAAUUCCUGCCAAUUUCACGUCCCUCAACAUUUCACUCCGUAGCUCGGGGUCCAGUAUGUCGGCCCCGUCUCAGCUGAGGACCACGUACUUCAAUCCAAACUUCGCGACAACGCCACAAUUGAGGAUGAGAAGCGAAUGGGAACGCAACAUCAUGGACGAGUCUCAACAACGUCGAAUUCUAUUCCCAGGCGUUGGGUUGUCAUCGGAUAACUCCUCCUCCACCUCCUCCACCUCUACACUGCUAAAUUUUCACACCAACAAUGUAAACCCCAUGAUACAAGCUAAGCAGGAGCUGCGUGACCCAUGUCUAGACAUGUCAGAUACUGAUACUAGUAUUGGCGGGAGAAAGCGUCGACCAGAGCAGGAUCCUUCGUCUCAACAACAUCAAAUGGGAAACUACCUGUUGCAAUCAAGCGCAGGCCCAAUUCCGGCCAGCCAUGGUCAGAUUCCGGCGAAUUUUUGGAUGGUUACUAACCCUAACAACCAAGUGAUGAGUGGUGAUCCCAUAUGGACAUUCCCUUCGGUUAGUAAUACUACUAUGUAUAGAGGGUCCAUGUCCAGUGGGCUACAUUUCAUGAAUUUCCCUACCCCAAUGGCUCUCUUGCCAAGCCAACAGUUAUCUCCUUCGGGCAUCGGUGGUAGCGGUGGCUCAUCCGAGGGACACUUGGGCAUGCUUGCCGCCCUCAAUGCUUAUCGGCCGUUGCCGGGCACCGGCGCUUCUGAAUCUCAGGCGAGUGGGUCCCAACAGCAUCACGGGGGGAGUGAACGACAUGACACGCCUGGUCACCAUUCCUAGAUCACUUACACAUGUACUACCAGAGUCGUAGUGGGUCCGUCUAUUUACUAUAGGAUGGUGGGAACCACGUCUUAUCAGUUUCAGGUGUUGCUCAGGAUGGUGAGCCCCAGUUGCUAGUUAUUGUCAAAACCAAUGUACAAUGUCACUGACUAACAAGAGGAUCAUUCCUCCCUUUUUAUACACGGUGAUUGAUGGCACACUUGAUCGGUUGUGGCUGUUCUUGACCCUCCACAUGGUCCUCCAUCUGACCAAUCAGGAGCAUUCUUCCUCUUGGACGGGAUACUACACAUAAAAUAUGCUUAUACACAUCUUCUUUGACAGUUCUAUAACUAUCAUAUCAAUUUUAUAUUUUAUUUCUUCUCUUAUAUAUGUGUCCAUUUAAGAGGAAGGAUGCUAACUUUUGAGCCUUCCUUAAUAGUAUAUGUAGUCUCCAAAGGGGGCGUUUUUCUGCAACAUACCUGUACUCUGAUGAGCUUGUAGGGACUACAAGUCUGUACCUCUUUUCAGAGAAUAUAAUAUAUUACAUUCUCUGAAGAUGAACAUACAUGACUUUAUUUAUAGUGUUAA